AAUUUGACUAUGUAAAAAUGUCGUAUAACGGACAUCGCAACUCGCGCACAAUGGUGAAGGGUGCGUGUUUCUGGGGCGAUGACUUUAUCAUGUCCGGCUCGGAUUGUGGGCACAUCUUUGUUUGGCAACGACAGACGGGAAAAGUGGUUAAAACGCUGCUGGCCGAUCAUCGUGUUGUAAAUCGUGUGCAACCGCAUCCCACACUCCCCUAUCUGCUAAGCUCGGGCAUCGAUUAUAAUGUUAAACUGUGGGCACCUAUUGGAGCAACGCCCACAUUUGACGAGGCGGAAACUGCAGGGCUAAUAAAGAGUAAUGAGAUAAUGCUGGUGGAGACACGAGAUACAAUAACAGUACCUGCACAGAUCAUGAUACGCAUAUUGGCCAGUUUACAUCAGUAUCGUCGACUUAUGCACGCAUCUGGAGGGGAACCAUCGACGGGGACUGUCAAUAGACAGAGACGGAACGAAACUGUGCAAGAAGAAGCUAUGGAAACAGAUGCAGAAGUUGUUGUUGUUGAUGAUGAAGUAGAAGAUGAAGAUAAUAAUAAUGAUGGUGAUAAUAACAAUGAUAUCAACAGUGAUAGCAAUCACAGCAACAGCAACAACUCAAAUGUCACUUAAGUAAAUCUAGUCAAUAUUUAACUUUACCAAUGAAAAUACCUUUAGAAAUUGACAUACUCACAUGGAAAUAGGCGCUGCAUAUGUAUGUAGACAGCAGGAUACACACAAUAUAACCAUAUGACCCGUUCCUUUUCUGGUUUGAUUCACCAGCAUCCAACCAACAAGUCAAAACACAUUCCCAAAACACAACACAGGUAGCUUCAGUUCUUAUUCAGAUGUAGCCCGCAUUUCCAAAUUAUGAAUACAAAUAUGUUAAAAUUGUGAGACUAAAGAAUACACAAGAAUGUAUGUGAUACAUUCAUAUGUAUAACGAUAUUUAAAACUUGUUCCUUUUAAGUU